AUGCCGCCAACAAAGCAGGGUUCGGUACUCAUGGGAUUCAACAAAAAUGUCGCCAAGUUUAGUACCAAAACCAUGGCUGCCGCGGCCAAGGGAGGUAUCGUCACCUUUGUACACAACAAUAAUUACACCAAGGAUCAACUGGGAGAGUGUUUUGAACGAAACUCCGAGGGGAUGCUCAAGAAUAUGGCCAUCCAUGAGUUGGCCUUGUUGGUGACCUUUUAUGGAGUCACUACAGAUACCAUUGCCGAGGUCGUGGCCGACAAGGAGUAUUCCAGUUGUCAAACUCUGGUCGGACCGUCAUCUGGAAAGGAGUUUACCGAUUUUGACAAACUCAAAUUCACCAUCAAGACCAAGGAAGGAAAGCAGGUGAGCGUGGCGGCAGACCGGUGUGGUGGAGACGACUCGGUGGGAAUUGUCACGGACGAAACGACUGGAAAGGAAACAUUUCGCUAUUCCAUGCCCGACGAAGAGGAUCUUGCCAACAUUCCCGGCCUAGAAAAGAGAUGUCCUGGAGCCAUGCCCUACUUUUACGUGCAGGAUCCCGAUUAUGCUACAUUGAAAGAGCGCAUUGCAAAGAAUUGCUUCGAUGGAACUCCUGCAGAAGGAGUCGCCACCAUUGACGUUGCUGUCGAGACGCUGAAAGUCGCAGAGUAUCUGACGCCAUUGCUGCAGAAACAGCUUUUGGGCUAG